AGAAUGAAAAGAGAUAGAGUUAUCGAUCCCUUUGGGGAGAUAAGAAAAUGUGGCUUGUGCAGCUCUCAACCCCAUUUCUGAACGGCCAUGGCCAUGGCUCCAGCCUUCUCUGGAAACCCAGUUCGGCGGUGACUCAGACCCACUGGGCCCCGCCGAGUUUGCUGCCUCAAAUCAAUGCGAUGAAGACGAUGCAGGGAAAAGUGGUGUGCUCCACGAACGACAAGACGGUGGCAGUGGAGGUGGUGCGGCUGGCCCCUCACCCAAAGUACAAGAGGCGCGUGAGGAAGAAGAAGAAGUACCAGGCCCACGAUCCCGAUAACCAAUUCAAUGUCGGCGACAUCGUCCAGCUCCAGAAGACCAGGCCCAUCAGCAAGACCAAGGCCUUUCUCGCACUCCCCGUUCCCAAGAGGUCCUCCAACAGGCCCGAGCCCCAGCCCGAUGAGCUUUCCAUUCCCUUCGAGUCCCAGCCCCAGGCCUAGAUUCCAGAGUUACACCUCAAUUUCACUCUCUCCUACGCCUACUUUUUAUCCAAAUCCUUCUUUUGCAUUCGCUUUUAUGCUUAUGUGUUGUAAUUUGGAUGCUGCUUGUGUUUUCGAGCUUCGCUAUAUGUGCAAUUCUUAUCAUUCUAGCUGACUGCUAUCAUAUAUAAUCGUCUUUUUAUUUCAUUCGU